AUGAAUGUGUCUGAGAAUAAUAACAAGAGAAAGUUAAACAAUUACUUGAGAAAUAAGGAGAGAAUAAAAAAACUAAAAAUAGAAAGAAAAGAAAACGAAAAAAUAGAAAUUAGAAAAAAAGAAAAUGAAAAUAUAAACAAUGAAGAAAAAAAUUACAAUUUAAAAAAAUAUGCUAUAUGUGUUGGUUACAUUGGUAGUAGAUAUCAUGGCUGUCAAGGGCAAAGUAAAGAAGCAAUGACAAUUGAAAAUGAAUUAGAGAGAACAUUAUUAAAAAUAAAUGCAGUAAAAAAAAAAAAUAAGGAUUUUAAUUUUUGCUUAUCAAGAUCAGCUAGAACUGACAAUGGUGUACAUGCUUUAUAUAACGUUUUUGUUUAUAAUAUUAAUCUUGAUUGUAUAUAUUUAAAUAAUGAUAAAGAAAGAGAAAAUAUUUCAAAAAGCCAAGAGAAUAAUGAAAAGAAAAGUGAUAAAAAUAAUUAUGAUGUUAUAAAUGGAAGUGAAAUGAAAAAUGAACAUAUUCUUAUAUAUGAAAAAAAGAAAGAAAUCAAUAAUAAUAAUAUAAAUAAUUGUUGCAAUUAUAAUAAUUCCGUUAUUCAGAAUAAUGAAAUAAAUAAAAAACAAAAAGAGAGUAUAAAAAAUAAUGAUGAUAUAUUUGAUGAAAGAAAAAAAAAAGAAGAAGAAUUCAAAAAAUUAUUAAAUCUUCAUUUACCUUCUGAUAUAAGAUGCUUUGACAUUUUUAAGGUUACGAAAAGUUUCGAUGCUAGAAAAUUCUGCUCAUUCCGAUUAUAUGAAUAUCUAUUUCCUAUUUAUGUUUUAAGUGAGGUAGAAGUAAACAUUAAAUAUAAAAAAAUAUUUGAAGAAAUUAUUGAAAAUAUAGAUAAAUAUGUUGAAAAAACUAAAGAUAUAAAAAAAAGAAAAAAAAGAAAUGAAUAUGAUAAUUUAAGUGAUAUGAAAAAGAAUAAUGAUGAAAACAAUAAAAAUAGUAUCUUAGAGGUAAAUGAUAAUAAUGAUGAAAAUGUUAAUAAUAAUGAAAAAAAUAUGGAAAAUAAGAGAAGUUUUACACAAAGAGAGGAUAUAUUUACUAUAAAAAAAUACAAAGAAGAAUUAACAGAUGAAGAAUUAAAUACCUUUUUUGAAAUAUUUAAUAAUUACACAGGUUUUCAUAAUUUUCAUUGUUUUACAAAAAAUAAUAUUGAUCAAACGACAUAUAGAUAUAUAAAGUAUUUCGAAAUAAGCAUUGUCAAAUUACAUAAUUAUAAUUUUUUAUCAAUAAAAAUAUUAGGGCAAUCAUUUUUAAUGCAUCAAAUUAGAAAAAUGAUUACUUUAGCAGUAGAAACAUUUCGUAAAGCUACAUCAAAAAAUUCUAUUUAUUAUUGUUUAAAUAUAAACAGGUAUAUACCUAUUUCUUUGUUUCCAUCUGAUGGUUUAAUAUUAAUUUGUCCUUACUUUAAUUCUUAUAAUAAAAAUGUAUGUAAACCACCUCAUAGCCCUACAAUAUGUUUUAAUGAAAAUGAAGAAAUAAAAAAAUUCAAGGAAGAAAAAAUUGGAAAAUGUAUUAUAGAUAAAUUAGAAAAAAAUGUGUGGAAAGAUUGGCUAAUUAAGAUGAAUCGUUACCCUUUUAUUUAUCAUUUCAUAAGAGAAAAAUUAAAUGAAGAUUCCAAUCAAUAA